UAGGGGAGGAGAUCCGACCCAGCGGCAACUGGAGGAGGAGAAGGAAGAGGAGGGGGCAUCGUUGCAGAAUAGCGGGAGGUAAAGGAAGAAGAGGUCUCUCCUGCUUGACUCUGAUCCAACGAGCCAGGGUUGUUGCCGAGCCUCAAGAUGGCCUCCUCCUCCUCCUCCUCUUGCAACAUGGAAGAUGACGAGAACUUGAAGGGCUGCGGACUGUACGUCCAGAAGCACAACAUCCAACAGAUUCUCAAAGAAUGCAUCGUCAACCUCUGUAUAGCCAAGCCGGACCGUCCCAUGAAGUUCUUACGAGAACAUUUUGAGAAGCUGGAAAAGGAAGAAGGCAAACAAAUCCAGGCUUGGCAGAAAUCGGGCUCUCAGGCAGACUCUCAUGAUGACGAGAUUUCUCCUCCGCCUCCAAAUCCCGUGGUCAAAGUCCGCCGCCGCCGGGGGGGAGUCAGUGCCGAGGUGUACACUGAAGAAGAUGCCGUUUCGUACGUCAGAAAGGUGAUACCAAAGGACUACAAGACCAUGACUGCUCUGGCAAAGGCCAUUUCCAAGAACGUUCUGUUUGCCCACCUUGAUGAUAACGAGAGAAGUGACAUCUUUGACGCCAUGUUCCCUGUCACUCACAUUGCUGGGGAGACUGUCAUACAGCAGGGCGACGAAGGAGACAACUUCUAUGUGAUCGAUCAAGGAGAAGUGGAUGUAUAUGUAAACGGAGAUCUGGUCACCAACAUCAGCGAAGGAGGGAGCUUCGGGGAGCUGGCGCUCAUCUAUGGGACACCAAGGGCCGCCACGGUCAAAGCUAAGACGGACCUGAAGCUCUGGGGCAUCGACCGGGACAGCUACAGGCGCAUUUUAAUGGGCAGCACAUUAAGAAAACGGAAGAUGUACGAGGAAUUCCUCAGCAAGGUCUCCAUUUUGGGUGGGUGUCUGA